AGCAGCAGAGCUCCAUACCGGGGAGGAGCCCAUGCUCAGCUGCCUCUGCUGCCAGGAAGGAAACGUGAAACCUAAUAUUUUCAAGCAGCUGCUUUUCGUGAGACAGAAAAUAAGCGGUCCUCCAAACUCUCAGAUAUGGCUUCAGUCAACACAUCUCAGGACCAGUUUCAGUGUUCAAUCUGCCUGGAUGUCUUCAGUGAACCUGUUUCCACUCCCUGUGGUCACAACUUCUGCAGGAGCUGCAUUAAAGACUACUGGGACAAGAGUGAAGUUAAGCAGUGUCCGCUGUGCAUGAAGACCUUCCUCAGUGCUCCAGAGCUACAAGUCAACUCAGAGUUUAGAGACAUUUUAGAGCUUUUUAAGAAAAUUGGAGCUGUAGAUGAUGACAGCAGCUCUCCUGGCCACCCCUCACAUGUGCCUUGUGACCUCUGCUCUGAGGUGAGGUGCAACGCUGUAAAAUCCUGCCUCAUUUGUUUGGCAUCUUACUGUGAAUCUCACCUGGAGCCUCAUCACAGAGUUCAGGCAUUAAAGUGGCACAAACUGGUCAGACCUGUGGUGUCACUGGAGAGCAGAGCUUGCAAUAAACACAACAAGUUAAAGGAGUUCUUCUGCAGGAAAGAGAAGAGCAGUGUGUGCGCAGUGUGCAUGAGGGACGACCAUGUGAUGCAUGAUGUUGUCUCUGUAGAGGAGGAGCUGGAGGACCGGAAAACUCAGCUGUCGUCAAUGAAAGUUAAAGUCAACCAAAAUGUGGAAGAGAAGACCUUCAGUGUUCAAAGAAUUCAAACAUCUGUUAAGCAACGUCGCCAAAAAGUGGACAGAAUCAAAGCUGAAGUGAUGAAGUCCUUUGCAGCUCUGGUGGCCUUGACUGAGUCUAGAAAGGAGAAAGUAAUCGAUUUACUGGAGCGGAAGCAAAAAGCAGCAGAGCAGGAAGCUGAAGUGCUCUUCAAACAGCUGCAGGCUGAAGUUGCUGAGAACCAGAGGAUCAGCAAGGAGCUAGAAGAACUUUUACAGUCCGAGGAUAACUUCAAACUCCUGCAGGGCAUCCCAUUUGUAUCUGCUCAGACAGAUUUAGCAUCCUUCACUCCCAGAGACCAAAUCUUCCUGCAGGUGGAGACUGUGAGGAUGGCGGUGGCCAGAACUGAGGAGGUGCUCAAUGAACAGGUGGAGAACAUUAUCAGAGAAGCUAAUCAGACUGAGGAAGAGGAACCAAGAGAUCCCCAAACAGACAAGGUAUUUAAUGAUGAGCUUGAGAAAAUCCAGCAGGAAUAUGCAACAAAAGUGACUCUGGAUCCAAACACUGCACAUCCGUCGCUCAUCGUCUCACAGGACAGGAGACAGGUGAGGAAUGGAGGCUACAAGAAGAAAGUUCCUGACAAUUUCUCCAGGUUUGACAGUCUCCACUACAUCCUGGGAAACGAGGGCUUUUCCUCCGGCAGGCUCUACUAUGAGAUUGCCCUGAACAGCCAAACGACGUGGGAGGUUGGAGUGACGAGAGAAACUAUCAGCCGGAAAGGUUUGAAUUUAUCUCUCACUCCUGAAAAUGGAUGCUGGACACUGGGUUGUUACUGGGGACGAUGCCAAGCUAACUCUAAUCCUCCUGUGAUCCUACCAAAAAGGCCUGAGAAGCUCGGCGUGUUUGUGGAUUACAGUCAGAGUCUGGUCUCUUUCUACGACGUAAAUGACAGGGUUCUGAUUUACUCUUUUACAGAGUGUUCUUUCUCUGCAGGUACAGUAGCUCCUGCUGCUGAGAUUCCAAAUGCAUCUUUCAAAAGCAGCUUAUGGAAAUGCCGGACUUACACUGGCACAUCAACAAACUCCAUGAUCUACCCAAUAUUUAGACCCAGCUCUGAGGAGAUGGGUGUUCCUCUGCAGAUCCUUGCAGUCAGGUGCAAAAAGAGAAAAUAAUAAAUCAGAUCAACUCUGAUUUUACCUGAUCAAUCAUUUACCUAACCAAGCAGUUCAGUGAUUUAUUUUUCAAAAAACAUAUAUCAUGUGAUGAUGAAAUCAAUUCAAAUUAAAAAAUACUUUAUUAAUCCCAAAGGGAAAUUAAAUGUUGUUGUAGCUCAUAUUCUGCAGGUUUCCUCAAAGAGUCGUUGUAGAUGCUGAUGGCUGUGGGCAGGAAGGAUCUCCU